AUGCUUGCAAAAUUUGAAAAACAAAACGAGGAAAUACAGCAAGAAUUUCAUAACCUAAAAGAAGUCAGUGAACCAUUGCAAAAAUAUAUGCAGCAAACGACCGAAUUUCAAUAUGCAAAUAACCCUGCACAACAACAGCCACAGCGAAGACUCAGCUCACUUUCUGAAAAGAAAUCAAUCCAAAGUCGGAGUGUUGGAAUACAACAUGACCAAGAGCACAUCAAACGGCAACCCAGACAUGGUUGCACUCAGAAACACCCUAGGUGGAUGUGA